GCUGGCUAGAAGGUCUUUUGCAUUUUGUGGGUUUCCCUUAUUUUCCUAUCCUUUCAAAUCGAUAUAUGAUAAUUUGCCGUCAAAUCAUGAGUUAACUAUGAUCCAUGACCACGUUGCAGUGUCUGGAAUUGGGUGUUCGUGUCUUGAUGUAGAAGUCAAAAAUCCUCGAACACAUGUGGAUACUAGUAACGGCAAGGCACUAUACACAGAUUAUGAAAUCGAACUCAAGACAAACCACCCCAGUUUUCCUUUGUUGUAUUCGAAAACAAGAAGAAGAUACUCUGAAUUUGUGUGGUUGAGGGGCAAACUUGGAUUACCAGAUACUUUGGUCCAAGGUGCACCAAAGCUUCCAAAAAAGCAGAUUGUUGGUCGCUUCAAAGAAAGUUUCUUGCAAGAUAGAAAUGAUGGUCUACAAAGAUUUUUAGUGAGGUUACUUUCAGUGAACGCCUUCAUACAGGAACCUGCUCUACAGUUGUUCCUUCAAACAAAUCUAAGUGUAGCAGAAAUGGAGCAUUAUUUGAGAACCAGAACUCAAGGAGCUAUAAAAUCUCUCAUUUUGAGACUACAUAACAAAACAACCAAUCCRAAAUGUCCUAAAACUGUACCAAAAAAGGCAAGCAAAGACUAUCCACUUACCAAAAGAAGUCUUAAUAAGACGUUUAUUGGAGGGCGUGGCUGGUCUUCACAGUAUGGUGAUGGUUAUUACUCAUUUCCACAUAAGGGUGCAUCAACCAGUUCAUCUAUCAGCCAGGAUAUACGUCAGCGUAGUUCAACCGUGACUGCGGGUGCACUUCCUGGUGGACGUUUGACAUUACCAUCAAUUCCAGGAAGCAUAGAAGAUAUACUUCCACUUAGUGGUAGUGAAUUCACUGCUUCAGAUGACGAACUAUUAGAAGUUGACAACAUACAUCCUUUGAGUAGGAGUUGGCAUGGUAGUGAACAUGACACUAUUGACUUUAUUCUUGAUGACUAUGAAAUUAUCCCUUUCGACAUUGUUACAGAAAUUGAGGAGAAACACCAAGCAGAGUUAAAAGAACUUGGUUAUUUGGAUCUGACAACUACAUCAGAUGAGCUGAACAGUUUUGGCAAUGAGCAAGGCUGCUUUGACUACUAAAAUCCUUUAUUUGCACAAAAUUAAAUAAUUUGUGAAUAAUUUUUUAAAGUGAACAGUGCUUUUUUUAUGAAAUAUAUAUMCUAAAAGUCAGGCAAUGUUUCAUUUGAGUGUGCAAAUGAAAGUUUUAGGGAUUUACAGUUGUAUUGCAUCGUCUAAAAAAAACAAUUCCAGCCAAAAAAUAUUGAUCAUUACCAUGGUAACACAGAUCUAGCUGAAAAUGACRUUUUUUAAGAAACUUUCAUCUUAUUUCUGUAUAUGAAAAAAACUUGAGAUGUAUUGUCAGAAAACAAUAGCAGAAAUCCUUCAUAAACAUAUGAAAAUGUUCUAAGGAUUUUCAAAUGCCAUAUACAAAAUAUGUACAUCAACUUUGGGCUUAUACAAUAUAAUUAAAGAAAGAGAAAAAAAUAAAACACAACCAUGAACGUUA